GGGGGGUUGGAACCGCAGUGCCAAGAGAAGGGCGGCCGAGGGAGAAUCGGGAGGGUAGGUAGGGAAAGGGACUGCCAGCACCAUCACCAUCACGCCCACGGCUUCAGCUGCUGCUAUUACUACUGAAUACCUCAACGGUGCCUUCUUCCUGCUGCUACCUCGACAGGCACCCUGAAGCCUUAGAGCCGCCUUACAAUCCGUUUGCCAAUCCGGUGGUCUUCCAACCCAGUCUCCAAAGGAAAGGAGAGGAAGAAGAAGAAAGACACGAUGCCUGUCUCCUGGGACGGCUUCUCCUCCUCACUGCCUCCCAUCCCGGAGCAGAGGGAAAACCCGCCUGCCUUUUCGUGGGACAAGAGCGCCUACCAGGAAGCCACCCCUGGCCGCCGGACCGGCCGCCUGGAGAGCUCCGACUGCGAGUCCCUUGACAGCAGCUUGAGCUCCGAAGGAGAUGCCCAAGAAUAUCUGGAUGAAGUGUCCUUGCCAGACUUUGACUUGUUAAAUGAUCCUGAGGAUGAACUCCUGUGUGCCAAUCUCAUGAAGCUAAUCCAAGUCAGUCUGAACAAAGCGAAGAUCAACUCCAAUCGGUCCUCUAGGCUACUGAUGCCAAACCAGCUGGUCACCCAAGUUGGCAAGGAGCUGCUUCACUUGGCUUACAGAGAGCCCUGUGGCUUGCGCGGGGCCCUCAUUGACCUGUGUGUGGAACAAGGGAAGGGGUGCCAUAGUGUGGGGCAGAUUGCUGUGGAUCCCAGCCUAGUGCCUACCUUCCAGUUGACUCUUGUUUUAAGGCUGGAUUCCCGCCUGUGGCCGAAAAUCCAGGGACUCUUUAGCUCCAGUUCUGCUUUCUCACCAGGCUUCAGCCAGUCACUGAAGCUCAGCACAGGCUUCAGAGUCAUUAAAAAGAAGCUUUAUAGCUCUGAACAGUUGCUGAUAGAGGAGUGUUGAGAUUGUUACCCUCUAUUUUCUUCCUGGUGGAUUAACUGAGCAUUUCCUCUAAAAGGUGGUGGUGACCAGCACCAGGCAAAGCUGGGGGAGGCCUAUUUAACUCUAAAAGGGCUGUGGAACAUAAGCUGAUUUCAAGUGGCUACACUCUGGAGCCACUGUAGGUUAGAUUAGAUGGAAGUUUGAUUUGCAGAGAUAGUGGGCAGAGGUAGUCCAAAGAGGAGGCAGGAGAUGAGGGUUGAACAAAAAUAGCAGUCUGCUUGGUAGUUAGUUCUGACAGAAACAAGCUCCACUUUUGAGUAGGCCUGGCUGCAGUGGGCUAGCUUUAAUAAAAGAUCCUCAUCUGACUGGGGCAACUUUCUCUUUACUUGAUUUAGCAGUAUUUUUUUCCUUAUUUCUCCUGACAGUUGAUGAAAUAGCAGCAGGGCUGCCACUAAGGGUAGAUGAAGGUUUUCCUCUCUUUUUUUUUUUGUUCGUUCUUGUUCAGAUUUUUUUAAAGGAAAAAAAAGUAGAUAGUAAUCAAUGGAUGUCUGGUGAAAGGUGAGGUGUGUGAACCGUGGUUUGUAAGUGUUAAGGUCUAAAGGGACCAAGAAUGUGUAACCUUGUUGUGAAGAUGGAUAUGAAGAAGCUCCACUACUGACACUUAGGGCAGCUAAAUAAGGACUUCUGGCUGAAAAGGGGGGAAGGGGGGUUUAAUCCACCAAGCACUGCUGUGCAACUCCGUUUGUUUGAAUGAAACCAGUGUGGGAGGCACAGGGCACUAGGUGGAUUGUGCCCUGUGGGAAUCCUGGUGUUGUAUGUCUAAAAGAGGGCUGUGAGGGGAUGCUGGGGGGAGGGUGGGGGGCAGGGACCCUCACGGUUGGUCUGUGUAGUGCUUCCAUUGAUUACCAUUCACAUGGAAUACACUUGAUGUUCAAGUUUUUGAAGACUUCCUAUGCAAAUUGGGUUUUUUUACUUUUCUAAUAAAAAUGUUUCUAAUAAACAUA